CACAGAGGAUCAGUCUGAAUCGGAAUGGAGCGGCCGGACGGAUUGAAUGAGAUUUCGGGCUGCACCCUGGCCAUCGGCUCCUGCCUCCUUCAUUCGCUCGUCUACAUAGCCAGCUUCUACGUAUGGAACUAUCAACACGGCAGAAAUCAUGCGGACAGCAUCCGAAAGCGCUUUAUAAGCGUCUUCGUGAUGCUGUUUAUAUCGCCGAUAUUUUUAUAUUUAUCAUUAAAUAAAGACAUCUUGGAGAAGAAAUCGUUUUGGACUGUGCUUGGAUUUCGAUCCGAGGGUCUUCUGCAGGCCUUCGUCAUGCCGCUCUUCCUCACGAUGAUCUUGCACUUGGGACCUUUGGCAUUGCUCGUGCACAACGGACUGUUGAAACUGUACACUGAACCGAUGUAUUGGGUGAAUAACGUCAAGGAUUUGAUCUGGUUGAGGAGUCAGAUCGUCGCGCCUAUCUCCGAAGAGUUCAGCUUUAGGUCGUGCAUGCUUCCUGUCCUUCUGCAGUGUUUCUCACCAAUUAAAGCUGUCUUUAUAUGUCCUAUAUUCUUCGGUGCAGCGCAUUUCCACCAUCUUCUGGAGAAACUUAAGAACAAUGUUCCAGUAAAAUUUGCAGUCAUAGAGUCAUGUGUGCAAUUUAUCUACACCACCAUUUUUGGAGUAUACUCAGCCUAUCUGUUCUACCGCACCGGUCAUUUCAUCUCCAUUUUCAUAGCUCACUCCUUCUGUAAUCACAUGGGAGUGCCUGAUUUCGAGGAGUUCAUGAGGUAUAAAGGCACCGAGAAGUACGUUAUUGGCUCUCUGUUCGUCAUUGGCUUGGUGAGCUGGUGUUUCCUUUUAAACCCAUUGACUGAACCUAAAUGGUAUUACAAUGAUUGAAAUUAAAAUCACUCAUUUCUAGUCCCAUCAUCCUCCCAUCAUUUCAAUUGAAUUAACGUAUCCAGAGAAAAAAAAACAAACAAUUUUGCUCAUUUUAAUUUCUAGUUCAAAUUAUUGAAAGUACAAACACGUAUUUAUUUAAAAAAAAAAAACAUAUAACCAAUUUGUCUUCCCUUCGUAGAAUAUAAAAGUUCGUUGUUGUUGUUGUGCACUACAUAUUUCCUUUAUUAAGGAAAUUUGUUAUUGGUUUCUCAUUGGGCAAGUCUUGCGGAAUGUUGAUCUCAUAGGAAACAACAAUGUCUGUCUUGCAAUAACACUUUCGUCCAUGUUAACUUUAAAAACGUUUUAUAACUGUUACCCCUUUAAUCAGUCGGCGAUUUUCGUCUAUUGCCGUCGUUUAAUAUACACAGGUGUUCAUUAAAUAAAGUAAUUCGUGAAUAAACCGUUUGUUUCGUU